CCUUUGGUGACGACUUGCCCUCCUUUCUUUCUUCAGCUGAUCUUGCCUCUUCUCCCAUCACCUGACCCUGCUUUUCUCUGCCAGUUCUGUCUCCCUGCCCCCCACUUCUCCCCCAGUCUGUGUUGGGUUGAAGGGUGUGGCAAGGGCCAGGGGUACCAGUGGUGUUACAGAGCCAGUAGCUUCUGCUGAUUUGGGGAGUCCAGAAAUAAGGGGCCUCAGAGGGUUGGAAAUUUACUUCUAGGGGGCCCUUCGCUGGGGGGGUGGUGAGGGUAGUGGGACUUGGACCCCACUGAGCGGAUCAAGCAGGAACUAUGAAGGCUCGUGGGAGGGGGCGAGAAUGGGAGGAUUCUGUCUGGCCCAGCCCCUCCUCGCCUUCCCAGCCUGCCCAACCCGCCCACCAGUCUGAGCUGCUGCUGCUGAGGCUGGUCAGCUUGAAGUCUCCCGGAGAGAGGGAAAGACAGCCUGCAGAGUUUGGAGUCAAGGAGAAUCAUGGGGUCCAGGGAUGAGCUGUACACUCUCUUAGGCGGACUCUCGUUCCUCCUGCUACUGAUGUCAGUCCAGGGGGCCAAGGGUGGAUCCCUUAAAGAGAGUCAGGGGGUCUGCUCCAAGCAGAUGCUGGUGGUCCCCCUCCACUACAACGAGUCCUACAGCCAACCAGUGUAUAAGCCCUACCUGACUGUGUGCAAUGGAAGGCGCAUCUGCAGCACCUACAGGACCACAUACCGAGUGGCGUGGAGGGAGGUGAGGAGGGAGGUGCAGCAGACCCACGUUGUGUGCUGCCAGGGCUGGAAGAAGCGGCAUCCGGGGGCGCUCACCUGUGAUGAAGCCAUCUGCGCCAAGCCCUGUCUGAACCGAGGCGUCUGCGUCAGGCCAGAGCAGUGCGAGUGCGCCCCGGGCUGGGGUGGGAAGCACUGUCAUGUGGACGUGGAUGAAUGUAGGACUGGUGUCACCCUCUGCUCGCACCAUUGCAUCAACACGGCAGGCAGCUUCACCUGCCGCUGUCCCCAAGGUCUGGUGUUGGGCCCAGAUGGGCGCACCUGCGCAGAGGGCACCCUGGAGCCCCCAACUGGUGCCAGCGUCCUCAGCGUGGCGGUUCGGGAAGCAGAACAUGAUGAGCGCGUCUUGAGGCAGGAGAUCCGGGAGCUGCGAGCGCGCCUAGAGCGGCUGGAGCACUGGGCUGGUCAGGCCGGGGCCUGGGUCCGAGCUGUGCUGCCCAUGCCACCGGAAGAGCUACAGCCGGAAAAGGUGGCAGAGCUAUGGGGCCGCAGUGACAGGAUCGAGUCUCUCAGCGACCAGGUGCUGCUGCUGGAGGAGAGGCUAGGUGCCUGCUCCUGUGAGGACAACAGCCUGGGCCCAGGCCUCAAUCGGCCAAAAAGGAACCUCUCCAGAGCUCCGGUCCCCUAAUUUAUACAGAA